AUGGUGCGGCUGGCGGCGGAGCUGCUGCUGUUACUGGGGCUCCUGCUGCUCACCUUGCACAUCACCGUGCUGCGGGCCAAGCCCGACCCCCCGCCGGCCAACAGCACCCACGGCCAGCCGCAGAACACCCUGGGUGCAGAUGGCCAUUCUGCUCCCCAAACCAGCUUCACAUUAAACCCCAAGGACAGAAGACAAUAUCCUGACCACCAGGCAGCACACAGGCCAUUCCCCAAACAGCGAUUCAGGCAGGAAAAUGGACACACAUCAUUACAAAGAGAUGGACCCAGAUCCUUCCUCCUGGAUCUCCCAAACUUUCCUGACCUAUCAAAAGCAGACAUCAAUGGGCAAAACCCCAACAUUCAGGUUACCAUAGAAGUGGUUGAUGGCCCCGAUACUGAACCAGAGAAGGAUCUGCACAAAGAGAGCAGCAAGCCUAGCUGGCCAGUCCCAUCCCCUGACUGGAGGAACUGGUGGCAGACGUCAUCCACCUUGACUCGCAUGAGUAGCGGUGACCAGGACUACAAGCAUGACAGCACCACCGAAGAUAGCAACUUCCUAAACCCUCUUGGUGGGUGGGAUAGGCAUGCACCCAACCACCGGACUUUUGAAUCCAAGGAGCAGCCAGAGUAUGAUUAUAUUGAUGGAGAGGGAGACUGGAGCCCAUGGUCCAUUUGUAGCGUAACCUGCGGGAUUGGCAAUCAGAAGCGAACCAGAUCCUGUGGAUAUGCCUGCACAGCCACUGAGUCGAGGACAUGUGAUAGGCCAAACUGCCCAGGGAUUGAAGACACCUUCAGGACAGCUGCCACAGAAGUGAGCUUACUUGCAGGAAGCGAAGAGUUCAAUGCCACCAAGCUAUUCGAAGUUGAUACUGAUAGUUGCGAAAGAUGGAUGAGCUGCAAAAGUGAGUUCUUGAAGAAAUACAUGCACAAAGUGGUUAAUGACCUACCCAGCUGCCCUUGCUCCUACCCCACAGAAGUCGCUUACAGCACUGCUGAGAUCUAUGAUCGGAUUAAGCGGAAAGACUUUCGCUGGAAAGAUGCAAGUGGGCCAAAGGAAAAACUGGAGAUCUACAAGCCCACAGCCCGAUAUUGUAUCCGCUCUAUGCUUUCCUUGGAGAGCACAACUCUAGCUGCGCAGCACUGUUGCUAUGAUGACAAUAUGCAGCUGAUUACUAGGGGGAAAGGGGCAGGCACACCAAACCUGAUCAGCGUAGAAUUCUCCGCAGAGCUCCAUUACAAAGUAGACAUUUUGCCUUGGAUUAUAUGCAAAGGAGACUGGAGCCGAUACAAUGAAGCACGGCCCCCUAACAAUGGUCAGAAAUGUACAGAAAACCCUUCAGAUGAAGACUAUUACAAGCAGUUUCAGGAAGCAAGGGAAUACUGAAGGGAUUUUCCUCCUCAGACAGGAAAAUGGGGAUCAUUUCCAUAGAUGGUACAAAAUUGCAUUUGCUGCAUUCUCUAUUUGAAAUGGGGUUGGUCAGUAUCUUUAGUAUGAGUGUAUAUAUUUGUAUAUAAUACAUGUGUGUGUAAUUUAUAUAUGCCUAUAUCUCACACACUCCUCUGCAUACAAACAUACACAAAACCUUUAAUGAUAGAAGCGGAUAUAGCAAUAAAAUGCAUUUUAUUUCAAAAGAAAGAAAAACCUCCAGGGAGAAACAGUGUGAAUAAAUUCAUGCUGAAUAAAGAGCUUGAUACAGAUUUUUACAUCCGUGUAAAUCAGUAAAGCUCUGAUCCUGCUCCCAUUGAUUUUAAAUGAUGCACGAUUGGUCCCUAAUGGCAGGGUAAAACUAGGGGAAGUGAAAUGCAAAUCAGGCUCAAAGGUCCUGUACAGCAAAGCACUUAAGCACAUGCUUAGAUCCAUUAUAGUCAAUGCAACUUAAGCAUGUGCUUAGAGAUAAGCACAUACUUACCUGCUUUGCCACAUGGAGAAGUUUGGGGUUUUUGUAUCUGGGCUAAAGAGCCUAAACUCUCAAACAGUUUUUAUAUGUAACUUAUUUAAUAUAAACACAGCUGUUAAAAAUAACACUUUCUCUGGAGCUGUAUUAAUGAAAGUAUUUAAUGGUAUCUACAAGAAGAGGGGAAGGAUUGUUGGGAGGGAAAGCUAUUAAGUAUUGGAGGAGAAAACAGGUAGAAAUGCUGAAGAUCAAUAAACCAACACCCACAUUAAUCAUUCUCAGUUGAAGCUCCCCAUUGCCCUUCCAGUCACUCAGCUGUUAGCUGUACAUAUGUAGUAGGGUUUCCAGAAGAUGCAGCUGCCAUGUUCCUUUGGGCUACACCAAAAGAAUCUAAAAUAAGGCCUAGGAUUCUGCAAAGACAUAUGAAUGUGCUCAACUUCCCAUACUGUGAGUAGUUCAGUGACUUCAAUGGGACUAUGCACAGGGGCGGAUCUACAGCUAUGAAUUAUCAUAGCUCCAUGGAAGAGAAUGAAGUUAUGACAAUUCACACCAGUAGAGAAUCUGCCACACACUGUGUACAAAUAAAGAAACUGUGUAAGUAAAUCUUUGCAGGAUCAGGGACUAAAGGGCCAAAAUUUGCUGAGGCUGAAGCGUGGAGUUAAAAGGAAAAGAAUGUUGACAAAAAAAACGAAGAAAUCCUGGUUAUCUUCUAAUUCCUACAUGUAAUUAGAAGGGUUCUGCUAUAAAGAAAGAAGUGCACUUUUUAAAAAAAGAGAAACGAAUAUAGAGUUUUGAACAUAUUCACUGGGUACAAUAAGUCACCUUCUUAAUUUUUUUUUCCUUCCAGCAUGUCCUGACUGCCCAGUAUUAUACAGAAAAAGCUAUUCUUUAAAGAGUUUUUUGGAGGAAAGGGAUAAGGGGUUCUUCUCAGUGAUUUAAAAAGCCUGAGCAUUAUUUUUGUAAAGUAUUUAUUAAAAUGUUGUUAUAACUCAUGCAAGGGGUGUUUUUAACAUGCGGGGCUUCUGUAGUUGGAAUGUGAUGGCCAGGAAAGAGACUAUUUCUAGGCAAAUGUUUAACAUGCAGAUCUCUAUGAAAAAUGAAUCUAUCAAUAAAACCACAG